GCGCGGGGAGGCGCGGGGCGUGGUUUGCAGCCCUCGGAGCGCCAAAGAGCCGAGCGCGCUGUGCUGCACCCGCCCGGAGCCUCCCGCUGCACCGAGAGACCGAGGAGGAGGACGCGCACCGAGGCGAGAGCGAGCUAGCUAGUGAGAAGGGCGAGCAGGGGUGCCUGCCCCGCGCCCUUCCCACCUCGACCCGGCGGACGGCGGUUCACGGCUGGGAGAUGGACAGGAGAUAGCCUCCACUGAGUGCAACCAUGGCCUCCAGCCCCGUGCCUCCCACCGAAGACGAGCAGGUGCCGUUGGCCAUCCAUGAUCUCCAUAUUUCACUGCAAGCUGAACAGGAAGACACUCAGAAGAAAACCUUCACCUGCUGGAUAAACUCACAGUUAGCAAAGCACACCCCUCCCUCUGCUGUCUCGGACCUCUUCACAGACAUUAAAAAGGGGCACAUCCUCCUGGACCUGCUGGAGGUGCUCUCUGGCCAACAACUGCCUCGAGAUAAAGGACUUAACACCUUCCAGUGCAGAAUCAAUAUAGAACAUGCCCUGACGUUCCUAAAGAACCGAUCCAUCAAGCUCAUAAAUAUUCAUGUUGCUGAUAUUGUAGAUGGAAACCCAUCCAUUAUUCUUGGCCUCAUUUGGACAAUUAUAUUGCAUUUUCAUAUCGAAGAGCUUGCCCGGACUCUUUCUUGCGAUUACAAUCCACCUCCCGCGGACGAUGUGAACGUACCCGAUGCGUCUCCUACCUCAAGUCCUCCAGCGAAGAAGUGCUCCAAAGCCCAGGAACGAUGGCAGAUGUCUGCCAAGAAGGCUCUUCUCUUGUGGGCCCAGGAGCAGUGCGCCACGUAUGAGGCUGUCAGUGUGACGGAUUUUAAGUCCAGCUGGAGAAACGGACUGGCUUUCCUGGCCAUCAUUCACGCCUUGCGACCAGACCUGGUAGACAUGACAAGUGUGAAGCACAGAUCCAACAAAGACAACCUGACGGAGGCCUUCAGAAUUGCAGAGCAGGAACUGAAAAUCCCCAGGUUGCUGGAACCAGAAGAUGUGGAUGUUGUUAAUCCUGAUGAAAAGUCCAUCAUGACUUACGUGGCGCAGUUUCUGCGGUAUUCCAAGGAUGCACCUGUGGCUAGACACGAGUCUCAGGGAGGGGUGAAGGAUGCUGCAGACUGGCUGAGACAGCAGCGGAACAAGCUGCAGAAGGCGCUGGAAGAGUCUGAAAACGAGCCGUACUUUAAUAAGUAUCACAACUUCCUGUCCUUUAUGGAAUCAUUCAAUGGAGAAAAAACAUCCUUCUUGGACCUGCUGCCAGUGAAGAAGCAUCCAGGAGAGCUGAAUGAGGAAGAGUUACAGUUGAGAGGCGACUGGGAUAGUCUCAACCAGCAGAUUAGCUUGUGGAAAACAGAGCUGAAUCGUGCCCUGCCCUCACCUCUCCAUCAGACGGAAGCUUGGCUGCAGGCGCUGGAGGAGCUAGUGGAUGGCGACUUGCCAGCCUCCCAGGACUGCGUGGAAGCCAUGGCACUGACACAGGAGAAAAUGACUUUGUUCAAGAGUCUGAUGGAUGAAUGGGACCACAAUUUGAAUACUCUCACGGCAUUUGAAAACAGAGAUGAGAAGCACUUGCCGUUGGUACCACCUGACAAAUUGGAGGAGAUGAAAAGACGAAUCAACAACAUUGCGGGGAGGAAUUUUGCUGCGCUCCUGGAGUUCCAUUACCACAGGUGCUCGGUUCUUGGAUUGCUGCAUGAAGUGAGAUCGAGGUUGGAAGUAUGGAACGCCAGAUAUGGGAACAAGGCCUCUGUGGAAGUGCUGCAGGAAGACUGGCAUAAAUUUAUUGAAGAAAAAGGGCUCCUGGUUCAAAUUGACACUUCUUUUCAAAAGUGUGAAGAAAUUUAUAAAGAUUUGGCUGGAGAAUGUCAGUAUAUUAAUGAACAGUAUAAAACGAUGGAAAAUAAUGUUUGCAUGUAUAAAAAACAUAUAUAUAAUGUGAAGUCCACACUACAGAAAGUUCUGGCAUGCUGGGCUACCUAUAUGGAAAAGCUUCGCUCACUGAAGGCGUGUUUCGAGGAGACAAAGAAGGAGCAGAUUAAGGAGGUUCCCUUUGAGGUAUUAUCCCAGUGGAAUGUGGAGCAUAUUACCUUAAAUGAAGUGGGAAAUUUUUUAAUUGGAGUCAGUACUGAUGAAGUCGGAUCAUCCAUUUCCAAGGAAUUGAGGCGGCUAAAUAAACGGUGGAGGAAGUUCAUUACAAAAACUCAGCUUGAGAUGAAACUGCCGUUAGUUAAAAAACAAGAUCAGCCCAUUCUUGACAAUUCUGGAAAUAUUUUACUACCUAAAGAGGAAAAACCAACGGUUGACGUGUUGGCAGAUAUGUCUUCAGAAGUUCCUGAAGAUCACCGUGAGGACCUCAAGGCUGGAGAAGAACAUGAAGAGAAGGAAGAAUUCAUGGGGCAGCUGAACGUGACUAGAGAGGUGGAAAAUCUCACCAGACAAGUGGACAUCUGGGAGGCAGAAACCAAGUCUGUUUUGGAUCUGCUGAGACAGCAAGAUGAUGUGGGCAUGCCCAUGGAGGAAUCCUUGCAGCAUCUCAUUGCCAAAGGCUCCAUGUAUGAAGAGCUGGUGGCCAGAACUGAAGAUACUUUACAGAUAGAUGUGCAGAACAUUUCAAGCCAGGAGUCCCUUCAACAUGUUCUCACAACUGGACUGCAGACAAAGAUUCAAGAAGCUAAAGAGAAAAUCCAGAUCAAUGUGGUGAAACUUAUUGCAGCAUCAAAGAACUCAAGUGAUAUAUCCCCGGGCCUGGAUGUCAGGCUGCAGGUGCAAGAAUCUCAGAAGGAGCUGGAAUCUCAAAUCACCAAGGCUGAGCAGCUGCUUGAGCAAAGAGAGAGCCCCACUGCGCUCAUUUCAAAAUACAAGGACGCAUUAAUGCUUUUGAAUAGUAAGAGCAUGGCGAAGUACUUGAAAGCCCUUGAAGAAAUGAAACACAGCGUAACUGAGGAUGCGCAGCUGUCUUUGGGAGAGAAGAGCAGAGACGUGUGUGCCAAGUGGGAGUCUCUUCAUCAUGAAUUGUCUUUGUAUAUGCAACAACUGAAGGUAGAUAUUGAGAAAGAAAAGCUGAGUGACUGUAUUUCCAAACUCGAAAAGCAGAUCAAUAGAGAGAAGAAGCUUCUUCGCAGAGGAAGGACCAAGGGCCUCCUCCAGGAGCACGAGGCUUGCUUCUCUAAGGAAGGCAUCCUGCAGCAGCUUCACCAGCACAGGGAUGUCCUCAGGGAGCUGUGUGAGGAGCUCACUCUCCAGGAGAGUCAACAGGAAGUGAAGCGAACCCUCAGGGAUUACGAACAGAAGAUCGACAGACUCCUGCGAUGCGCCUCUGAGAUCCACAUGACACUGCGAGACCCAUCGGGGAACAAGGAGUCCGUAGCCACAACGGAGAAUGGAGGAAGGGAUUCGCACAGUGAGGUGCCGUUUGCAAAGUCUGAUAACGAGCCAUCAAACGAAAAGGCAAUAGAACCAGUUAAUGUUAUCCUGGCAUCAGAAAUGAAGCCUCAACAAGGAGAAAGCAUUAUGGAGAAGCAUGACAAGGACAUACAGAGUUUACAAAACAGGUGUAUAGCACAGAAAGAAAUUCUUGAAUCACACCUUCAGAGCAAUAAAUUUAGGAUUCUUUCUGAGUUCUCCAGUGAAAAUGAAGGGACUACUGCUUGUCUACAGGAUAAACUGAGAGAUCUUCAGGGCUUAAAAAAUGAAACGGAUGAUCACUGGAAGGAAUUUGAAAUCACCUCCUUCAAGUUGGAGAACCGUGUGAGUGAUGCAGAGAAGCCGCUGAUAGUUAAGGCAAGAGAUGAACUUCAGGAGCAAGAACGAGAGCUUCAGAUGGCUCUUCACGCCAGACUGGCAUCUUUGGAGACAGCACUGCGGUUGGUGUCACCCAUAGAGAAGGAAUCAGUGUCCCUCUGUGGCUUGGACUUGUCCCUCCAUGAACUGGUCAUCCAGGAAUCUUGUGUGCUCAAUGCUGAUGGCAUUCAUCAAAACCUAAGGGAUAUCCAAGAUUCCAUAGCAAAACAGAUUGAACUAUGUAAUGAGGAGUUGGAUACCUUUGCAUCGAAAGAAUUGCACCCAUCUGACCUGCAUGCAACCCAGAAUAUUGUGCUGUCAUGCAGAACGCAGCUUGAAGAAAUGAGCCACAAGGUGCAGGUGCGGGAAGAAGCCCUCCGAGCCGUGGAGGACUUCUUGGCCUCUCUGAGAGCAGCUGGCCUCUCAGCUGAGGGCGUUGCAGACUGGCUAGCCUUGAAUCUGCAGGAAGCACCUGGAAAUACCUCGCUGGGAAAGAAUGAAGGAAGAGCAAUGGAUCCACUGAAGGACAAGGCCAAACAUUUGGAUGAGCGUUUGGAGACACUUGGUAUACGCUUUAAAGAUAUUGAACAAGGAGAAAACACCUCCUGCGAAAAACUAGUUGAUGCUUUGUCCAUAAAGGUGUUGGAGAGGCAUGGGUGCAGCCUAAGGGAGGAACUCACCGAGGAAGCCGAACUACUGAUGGCUUGUGCUUCCAAAAACAACGAGCUUUUUAAAAAUAUUCAGGAAGUGCAGAACCAGAUCAGUAAGGUUGGCCUGAAGGACCCUACCGUCCCCGCCGUGAAACAUCGGAAAAAAUCAUUAAUCAAACUGGAUAAGGAUCUAGAUGGCUACGAAGAUGAGAAGAGGCGCUUAGAAGAAAUGUCUCAUUCUCUUCCCCGGUUCCAAGAUGGCAGAGACAUCGCGCUGAGUCAGCAGUGCCAAAGCACAGUGCUCUUAUGGGAGAACACAAAAGCUUCCAUCACCGAAAGCCUUGAUCAGUGUGGAAGAGUCCUGGAGCUCUUGAAACAAUACCAUAAUUUUAAAAGUAUCUUGACAGCUUUGAUUCAGAAGGAAGAAAACGCCAUCUCCCUCCAGGCUUCGUACAUGGGCAAGGAAAACUUGAAGAAAAGGAUAGCGGAGAUUGAAACUAUCAAGGAAGAAUUUAAUGAACAUGUAGAAGUUGUAGACAAGAUAAACCAGAUCUGCAAAAAUCUACAGUUUCAUUUAAAUAAAAUGAAGACCUUUGAAGAACCCCCUUUUGAAAAAGAGGCAAAUAUAAUUGUCGAUAGAUGGCUUGAUAUAAAUGAGAAGACAGAAGACCACUAUGAAAAUCUUGGUCGUGCUUUAGCUUUGUGGGACAAGCUUUAUAACUUAAAAAAUGUGGUAGAUGAGUGGACUGAAGAGGUUCUUCAAAAAAUGGAAUUGCAACAGCUGACCGAGGAGGCAAGAGAAAGGCUGAAGGAAGAGCUACAAGUCCAUGAACAAAAAUCUUGGGAGUUUUCCAGGAGGGUGGCUGAAAUACAGUCUCUGCUGCAAAGCAGCGAGAAGCCUCUUGAACUGCAGGUCAUGGAGUCCUCUGUCUUGAAACAGAUGGAACACGCCAAAAGGUGUCUGACAGGAGACCCUGGCUGCCCUGUGCUCGGGGACAGCCCUGCUGAGCUGAGGGAGGAUUUGCACCAGGCCAAGACCCGGAUCGGGAUGACAGAAUCCCUUCUAAAUGCCCUGUCCCCUUCCGACAGCUUGGAGAUCUUCAGUAAACUUGAGGAGAUACAACAGCAGAUCCUGCAGCAGAAGCACAGUAUGACAGUGCUUGGGAACCAGAUUGGUCGUAUGACUCCUGAACUCUCCGAGCUGAAGAAGCAAUACGAAAGCGUCAGUGAUCUAUUCAAUACCAAGAAAAGCCUCCUGCAGGACCACUUCUCGAAGUUACUGAAUGAUCAAUGUCAGAACUUUAACGACUGGUUCAGCAACGUUAAAAUGAACCUUAAGGAGUGUUUUGAAUCAUCAGAAACCAGAGAGAAAGUGGAACAAAAGCUGCUAAAACUUUCCGAUUUCUUGACCCUGGAAGGAAGAAGCAGUAAAAUCCAGCAGGUGCAGACUGUCCUGGAACAUGUAAAGAAGCAUCUGCCCAAGGCACACGUCACUGAGCUCAACAGUUGGCUUUUGAGUCAAGAACUUGAAUUGGAGCAAAUGGAGUCUGUGUGCCAGGCUCGAGCAAAGCAAUUGGAGGACUCCUUGCAGCAGCUCCUGAGACUCCAAGAUGAGCACAGAAAUCUGAGUAAAUGGUUGACUCAUCAAGAAGACAAGUGGAAAGAGAUGGAAGAUUCGGAAGAGAAAACUGAGCUGAUUUGCCAAGCUUUAGCUAGAAAGAGGGAACAGUUUGAAUCCAUGGCCCAAUUGAACAGCUCAUUGAAGGAAUUUGGGCUUAACGAGGAAGAAGCAAUAACAAUAGAGUCAACACGUCUGCUUGAUAGAUACCAGGGUUUACUGAGACAAGUACGUGACAUCGAGGAAGAGGACAAGUUACCACGUACUGAGGACCCGAGUUUUAAUGACCUUGCACGUGAUGUAAUUCAUUGGAUAAAGGAGAUUAAAGAGUCACUUAUGGCUUUGAACUCAUCUGAAGGCAAAAUGCCACUCGAAGAACGGAUCCAAAAAAUAAAGGAAAUCAUUUUACUAAAGCCUGAAGGGGAUGCCAAAAUACAGUCCAUCCUGAGGGAAGCUGAGAGCAGCGAGGCGCCCUCUGUCCAGGAGACGCUUACUGACAUCAAGAGCCGUUGGGACAACACACUCUGUCUAGCCAACACGUACCUCAGCCAUCAAGAAAUGCUUCUGCUAGAAGGAGAGAAGUAUUUGAAAAGCAAGGAAGACCUGAGGCUGAUGCUCACAGACCUGAAGAAGAAUCAGGAAGCUGGGUUCGCCCUGCAGCACGGUCUGCAGGAGAAGAAUGCUCAGUUGAAUAUUUAUAAGAAGUUCCUAAAGAAAGCCCAAGACUUGACAUCCUUGCUGAAGGAGUUGGAAUCUCAAGGAAACUACCUCUUGGAAUGCACUAACAAUCCCAGCUUCAGCAAGGAGCCUUGGCUGGAGAUAAAACUCCUGCAUAGAAGUCUGCUUCAGCAGCUCCAGGAUUCCGUGCAAAAGUUGGAAGGUCAUGUUCAAGAGCACCAUUCCUACCAGGUUUGCAUCACAGACAUGAAUGCCACAUUGGACAGUCUCUGCAAGGAGUUUUCCAGUUUUGCUGAGAAACCAGAGGCUCAAAUUGCGGCUGAGGAGAAGCUGCAGAAACUGGAGGAGCUAGAGAAUCAACUCCGUUUACAAGAUGACACUUUAGACAAGAUUUCAGCUUUAGCAAAAUCCGUCAAGCAAAAUACGUCUUCCGUGGGCCAGAAGAUGAUUCAAGAUGAUGUAGAGGCACUUCAGCGUAAACAAAAGGAUUUGGGAAGCCGAAUUGAGUCUGCUAAGGAAGAGACGGAAAGUUGCCUCAACAACAUGCUCAGGUGGAAACACUCCACAGAAGAGGAAGAGAAGUUUCCUCUGCCUGGUGGAGAACAGAAGGAAGGGGAGGAGGAAGAAGAGGAGGAGGAGGAGGCAGCUGCGGUGGAAAAGUGGGAGGAAGACCAGGAGAUGAACCAGAAUUCAGCUGUGGAGACCAUUUUGUCAAAACAGCUUUCAGUUGAUGUUCAAGGAAGCAUGAAAAACAACGAGGAUGAGCAGAAAGUUAAUGAGCUGCGAGAUCAACCUUUAGAAUUGGACAUGAUGUUAAGAAAUGAACAAUUAAAGGAGAUAGAGGAGUUACUUACCCAGCUGGAAGCAAAGAAAGCCGCCCUUGAAGCACUGGAACCAAGCACACACCUGAACCAAGCUGAAAACAGUGUCAUGAGUCUCCGUGAUACAAGAUACCCAGCCCAGCACUUGGACAGACUGCUUCAGGCACUUGUGACUUUGAAGGAAGAUAAAGAAAGCCAGUAUUGUCUCCUGCGAGAUUUUCAGGAACAACUCACUGCAGCCCAAUGCUCCAGGAAAGCCAUGUUGACAGAGAAGGAGAGUGUCAAAGGAGGAUCCCUGGAUGCUGCAACCUAUCUGGACAAAAUGAAGGAAUUGUUGGCAUCCAUAGAAAGAGAAAAAGGGUUUUUAAGCAAGCUGAAAAUUGAGUGGGAAGAUGUAUCAAAACUUCUGACUGAUAUGGAUAAGAAGUUGUUGGAAAGCCAGAUGCAGCAGCUUGCACGUGGCUGGGAGCGAGCAGAACAGCUGGUCCAAAGGAAGCAGUCCCAACAAGCAGUGCAGUCUGCCGAGUUCACCUCCAUCAUGAGUCAGGUCCGCGACCUGGAGCGCUCUCUGCAGCGGCAGCAGCAGUGUCUACAGUCAUGGCUGCGAUCCUCUGACAGUCAAGAGGGAAACCCAAGUGUGGUUGCCUUGGCUACUGAGCUUCACACGACCAAGCACCGAUUUUCUGUCUUGAAGGGGCUAGCUGAACUGCAAAUGAAGAGGAUUUGGGGAGAAAAAGAAAACAUGAUUUUGGAAGAGGCAAUAAAUAAUUUGAAAAAUCAAUGGGAAGCCUUGGCGCCAUUAAAUCUAGAGGUAGAAAAUCAGAUUAAGAAGUGUGACAUAAGGAGCGAGGUGAAGGAAGCCACCCAGUGGAUUGGAAAUCUGUUGGGGGAACUCACUUCCCCAGUUUCCCUUCUCCCGGAGGACAUUGUUUCACAGAUAAGAAAGUGCAAGGUGACACAUGACAACAUUCUGGAUAAGCAGCAGACCCUGGAAUCCUUGGUUGGGAAAAUCAAAGAUGGCAUCUCUAAUCUCCCGUCAGAUGAGAGCAAUGAUUUAAAUGAACUCCUGGUGGAUUUACAGAAUCAAUACCAAGCACUAGUUUUAAAAUCAACUCGAAGAUCCCAGCAAUUAGAACGUCAGUUGGAAGACAGAAGUAAGCUUUUUGGCAUGAUAGGGCAGGUGUAUUGUACACUGCAGAAGAAUGAAUUGCUCAUGAUGGACAGGGCGGGUAUGACCUCCACUGGGGCGGAGCUGGAACAGCACCUGGUCACUUUGAGGGGAUCCCAGGAGGAACUGCAGGAAGCUGCGAACCUAAUCUCUACACUGCUCCAGGAAUUGAGUGACAUCAGUGAAGGACUGAGUGUGUUUGAAAGACUAUUUCUGGAUGAUCAGUUGAAGAAUCUUCAGACAAGGGUUGGCCAAACACAGAGGUUCGUUGAGAAUACAUGUAGGGAAGUAGAACACAAGUUAAAUUUUGUGAGGGCAUUCCAGGAAAAAGUAUCUGUACUUCAGAAGGAAGUUGACAGUAUACAGCACAGCAAACUUCUGCUUCAUCAAGCAACAGACCAAGAUACUAAAAAAGAGCUUCAUGGUCUUAAAGAUAGACUCAUGAGUGUUCAGCGUUGCAUCUUACAAGUAUUGAAGCUUAAAGAAGUGUUUGACUGCAUGGGACUAACAUGGGAUCAUCCACAACUUGACCAACUGCAAGUCCAAAUACUUGAGAAAGAAACACGACUUGAGGAACAGAUUAAGCAAUUGGAUGUGCUGGUGGCAGAGCGCAACAGGUGUCAGGAGGCACUAAGUAAGAUGAAGUCUGUGGACUGGCACAUUAAGAAGAGGGCCGAAGCCCUUGGAAAUGCUGCAGAUACUUCACCAGAAACGUAUCUGCUCGAUGCUCAGAUUCUAAACCAGAGAAUCGAGAAGGCCAAGUGCUUCCAUGAUGAGAUGAUAAGGAAAUUAAGUGAAAGUGAGGCCUUCGAGGAUGCAUUCAAAGAGAAAGAAAUAGAACAAAUCAUGCAAAAUGCGAAAGACAAUGAGAAAUUACACAGGCUUCUCCAAAACACGAUACUAGAGUCGCAGCCAAAAGAAAUAGAUGAAAAGACUCUUCAGGACACGCUAGAAAAUUCUUUACGUACUUUAAAUCAGAUAAAAUCUCAGUUGCAACAGCCUCUAGUUAUAGACCCAGACAUUACACAUAUUCAGAAUGAAAAGGACAAUUGUGAAGCUUGGCAAGAGCGAGUUCAGGCAGGAGUGCACAUUCUUAAAGCUGUGGUUGUCCCUGAGAAAGCAGAAGGGGAACGCCCACAUGCAAUGAGUGAUGUGGAUACAAAACUGGCCGACAUUGAAGAUCUUCAAACGCAGCUUAGCGCAAGCAUUGAUUUGCGCACGAAUCUGUUGAAUGAGGCUUAUGAAAAUGUCAUAUGCUACAAUGAAGCCGUCACCAGGGCAGCAGGGCUCAUCGCCUCCCUUGGAACCAUCCAGGCCUCCCAGACAGCUGACCUGGAUAAUCCGGAAGAAUCCCUGGCCAUGCUUCGCCACAAGCAGGAGGAGCUGGAAUAUACCCUGGCAGACAUCCAGGGCCUCGCCGCCAGGCUGGGAGCAGUCUGCAGCCCCCAGGCCAACCUGCAGGUGCAGGGCACCUUGCAAGAUUUGGUUUCUAAGAAGUCGGCCCUGCAGGAGGCAGCCAGAGAAGCAGAGGCAAAGCUGGAAAGGUAUCUCCAGAAUUAUAAGAACUAUGGGAAAAUUAAAGAAAAAAUUUGCGCUCACCUCGGGAAAAUGAGGACAGUGCUUGGGCAGUCCAUCUUCCCAUUGCCAGUGUCUUACAAAGCGGCCUUGGAGCGCCUGGAGCAGAGCAAGGUUUUGUUAACGAGCGUUGAAUCAGUCAAGGAAGACCUCGUGAAGCUGCGCCAGGUCAUCAGGCACCUGAGCCCCAGGUGCACAGGAAGGGUCGGUGUCCUCGCGCAGUGGGCUCUGUCGGCUCUGUGGGAGGAAUGGCUGAGGUUGCUGGAAGCUGCCAGAGCGUGGGAGACAUGGAGUGAAAGCCUGAAGCAGAGCUGGAAAUUUGUCAGUCAAGAAAUUGAGCGAGAAGCAAUUAUUUUGGAUAAUCUUCAAGAGGAACUUCCAGAAGUUUCCAGAACAAGAGAGGCAGCCUCCCAGGAGGAGCUCUCUGAGCUGUCGGAGAGUCUGUGCCGGUACAAGCAGCAGGUGGAGAAGCAGCAGCUGCUCCUGAGUCUGCUGCUGGAGCGCCUCAAGGGUGUCCAGACUGUCCCUGAGAGCCCCAGGGCCCUGGGGACCUUCCCAGCCCUGCAAGAGAUCACGGCCAUGCAAGAACGCUGCAACACGCUUUUUCAGAAAGCUCAAAAAAGUCAGGAAUUGGUACAGACCGAGAUCCAAGACAGACACUCCUUCACAAAGGAAAUAAUUGCCCUGAAGCGCUUGUUUCAACAGACAGCAGCUUCCUUCCAAAACCUGUCGGCCCAGGAGCACCCAGAAGAGGCGGGACGGCUGGAGGAGCUUCAGAGCAUUCUUAAGGAAGGAAGGCAAACCUUGGAGAGGCUCAUGGAGAAGCUGCGGAUCAAGUACUCUGAGAUGUACACCAUCGUGCCUGCUGAGAUGAGCUCCCAGGUGGAGGAAUGCCAGAAAGCUCUGGAAGACCUCGAUGAGAAGAUCAGCAAUGAAGUCAGGAAAAGCUCCCCGUCGUAUGCAAUGCAUAGAAAAAUCGAAGAAAUUAACAGUGGGCUUCAACAUGUUGAAAAGAUGCUGCAGCAGAAAAGCAAAGAUAUUGAGGAAGCUCAAGAGAUCCAGAAGAAAAUGUGGGAUGAGCUAGACCUCUGGCAUGCCAGGCUCAAUGAGCUGGAUGCUGAAGUGCAGGACAUCGUCGAACAGGACCCAGGACAGGCUCAGGAAUGGAUGGACCACCUGAUGACUCCUCUGCAACUGUAUCAGCAAGUGUCGCAGGGAGCAGAAUGGAGAACCUCGCAAUUAAACAAGGCCACGGUUAAGAUGGAGGAGUACAGUGAGCUUGUGAAGAGCACUGAGGCUUGGAUAGGGAAUAUCAGCCGUCUACUGGCCAAUCCCGCCAACUACGACUCUGCCAGGACACUGAGUCAUCAUGCCAGCACCCUCCAGAUGGCUUUGGAAGACUCGGAACAGAAGCUCAAUCUGUUACAUUCUAUUUUCACGGAUCUGGAGGACUUCUCUGCAAUUUUCGAUACGGAUGAGCUCACACAGUCCAUCCAGGAGCUGAGUGGUCAAGUGACUGCUUUACAGCAAAAAUUGAUGGAAAGCCUUCCCCAGAUUCAGCGGAUGGCUGAUGAUGUGGUUGCUAUAGAAUCCGAAGUCAAAUCAAUGGAGAAGAAAGUUUCUAAAAUCAAAACUAUCCUAUUAUCAAAAGAAAUAUUUGACUUUUCGCCUGAAGAGCAUCUGAAACAUGGGGAGGUCAUACUUGAAAAUCUACGACCCAUGAAGAAAACCAUCGCCGAGAUAAUGUCUUACCAGGUGGAACUGAGGCUGCCCCAGGCGGAGAUGAAACCCCUGCCCGUCUUCCUACGCACCAGCCAGCUUCUACAAGAUGUCAAGCUGCUGGAGAAUAUGACUCAGGAACAAAAUGAGCUAUUGAAGGUAGUCAUAAACCAGACUAAUGAAUAUGAUGAAGAAAUAAAGAAUUUCAAAGAGAUCUUAAAUAAUUACUCAGAUGACGUCUCCCCUGAACACCAGGCUGGCAACCUGCCACAAAUUCAGGGAGAAAUCGAACAGGUGGAAAUGCAAAUCCUGAGUUUAAACCAGAAGAAAGAAGAGCUGCUGGUGGACUUGAAGGCAGCCGUCCUAAACCUCCAAGAGCACUUGAAGCAAGAACAAGAAGAAGUAGGAGGAGAGUUGCUUCCAGCGAGAGUGUCCGAGGAGGGUGGCAUGGCCGAGAGGGAUGCCCCUGACUGGCAGCUUAACCGAAGAGGCUCCAUGUCCUUCCUGCCAGUGGUCAAGGAGGAGGCCGAAGAAGGUUCCGUGAAGAGUGAAGAUGGAGAUAAGAAGACAGAGCCCUCUUCCGCUUCUUGGUCUUCAGUCUGGAAGCAUGACAGUGAUGAGGAGGAAGACCGGGCGUCCUCCUCCUCGGCGACACUCAUACAGGAAGCUGAUGGAAAAAUAAGCACCUGUGAUAGUUCCAUGGUACAGAGUCUUGCACCAGCCUCACCAAACACUGAACAAGGCACAGAAUUUUCCCCAGGGCCCAGCCAAACAGAAGAGGGUGCCACACCUCCCAUCGAGGCUUUGGACUUCCCUGACGAGCCAGGAGCCGCUGGGGCCACGGUGGGAAAAGGUGGGCCUGAGCCUGCUCAACUCCUCCAUGCCUGCAAGAGCCGGGUAGCCGAGCUGGAGCUGUGGCUGCAACAAGCCAGCGUGGCAUUCGAGCCGGAAACAUUAAACGCCGACAUGCAGCAGGUGGUGGAGCAGCAGCUGGUCGGGUGCCAGGCUAUGCUCAUAGACAUCGAGCACAAAGUUGCCUCUUUGUUGGAGACCUGCAAAGAGCAGGGCCUGGGCGAGAGUGGAGCCAUCCAGUACGAAGCCGAAGCUCUUUCCCUGAAGCUCUCAACUGUCAGGUGUGACCUGGAGAAGGUGCAGGCGGUGCUGCAGCAGAGGUGCAGUGAGGACCAGAAACCUCCAGAACAUCAAAAUGCGCUGCAGCCAGGUGACCUUUCUGAGUUGGAACCUCUGGUAAUCGAAAGACCACAGUUCAGCAGACAGAAGGAUGUCCAGCCACAGCAGGUUCUUGAGCUAAAACCACUGGACCAGAAAAACUUGAUCAAGUUCAUAGAAGUAAAUGCUAAGAAAAUGGGUCCCCAGUGUUGCCAACGUGAUAAAGAUAUAGCUUCCCAGGAGUCCUCUGAGAGCAACAGGGACUCUCACCCUGAAAGUGGUGUCCCCAACAUGUCACCCGAGGGCCAGGUUGGAGAUAAAUGGCUAUAUCUGCACCGAGAACUGUCAGCCCAAAGCAGGCCACCCUUGCCUCAGCUCGUGGAGCCACAGGUUGCUGCUACUAUGAACAUUCUGCCCAGUGUGAGUGUGUAUAACUUUAGAUACCCAACAGCCGAAGAACUGGAAACCUACACCACGCAACUCGAAGACCUACAUCAAGAAGCAAGUCAUCUUCAGACACAGGAACACAUGACAGACGACAAUUACAUCAAUUUGGAGAAGAAAUUGUUUGACCUGUUUCUGGCCCUGAGUCAGUGCCUUGGCAGUGUGGAGGAGCUGCUGCACACACCUGGGCUUUUCAGAGAGGACCUUGCAGCCCAGCAGGCGCACCACGAGGCCCUAGCUCUGGAGUUGAAGAAACUUCAUUUAGCCCUGAAUGGUAAGAAAGAUAAUCUUGUGAAAGCCAUGACGUUUCCUGGCAGGAGCCCCAGCUUGCUCCCUGAAUGUUUCCAACACCUCCAAGCCCGUCUGGAGCUCAUGCAGGUGACAGCCAGCUCUAAAAGCCAGUCUCUAAAAGCCGGCCUUGACUACAACCGCAGCUACCAGAACGAAAUAAAGCGAUUGUAUGAUCAGCUCAUCCAGAAAAAGGCAGCUUUGCAGCAGUCUUUGAAUGAAAUUGGCGGCCAGCAUGUCGGGGAACAGCUGCAGAAAGCAGACGCACACAUGGCGGAGCUGCAGAACUCCGAGAGCCAAGUGGCCAAGCUCAGAAACCAAGGGGAGAGGCUUCACCUGCCUUACGCUGUACUCCAGGAGGUUUUCAAGUUGGAGGAUGUUCUCGAUGGAAUGUGGGCACUCCUCAGACACAGGUGCUCAGAUCUCAGCGGCCCCUUGAUUGCAGAGAGCCAGCACGAGGCCUUGCUGCAAGGCAUGGCGGAGCUCGUGCGUAUUGGGAAGGAAAAGCUCUCUGCUGACCACCUCCGGCCAGCCAAGAGCAAGGCCGCUCUGCAGGCACAGGUGCUACAUCAUAAGGUUUUCUUCCAGAAGCUUCUUGCUGACAUGUUGUUCAUCCAAACAUACUGUGCCAAAGUGUCUCCUUCUUUGGUGCAGAACAGAGAGACAUUUUGGGCCGAACAAGUCACACAAGUUAAAUUACUACAGCAAGAGUCAUGCCAGCGUGGCACACUGCUGCAGAGUCUGCUCCAGAAAUGGGAAGAGUUUGAUGCGAACUAUGCGUGUCUUGAGAAGGAUCUGGAGAUUCUCCUAUCUACACUGCCCUCCGUGAGUUUGGUGGAAGAGACGGAGGAAAGAUUAGUGGAACGGAUCUCGCUUUACCAGCAAAUAAAAAGGAACCUAGAUGGGAAGCAUGCCCGACUUUACCAGACCCUGAGCGAGGGCAAACAGCUGGUGGGGGCUGUGAGCUGUGCUGAACUCGGAGGCCAGAUGGCCAAGCUGGAGGAACAGUGGCUGUCCCUGGACAAGAAGAUUGACCAGGAACUGCACCGCCUGCAGACCCUGCUGAAACACCUGCUCAGUUAUAACAGAGACUCAGAUGAGCUCACCCGGUGGCUGGGAUCUGCACAGCAAACUCUGAAUCACUGGAAAGAACGGUCCCUCGAUGUGUCUCAGGACCUGGAGACCGUCAGAAGCAACAUCAGCAGCUUCUUCGAGUUUGCAAAGGAGGUAGACGAGAAGUCCUCCCUGAAGACGGCUGUCCUCAGCACUGGCAACCAACUUCUGCAUCUGAAAGAGGCCGACACGGCCACGCUGAGAGCUUGCUUAGCCCAGUUUGAACAAAAAUGGACGCUGCUCAUAACUCAGCUUCCAGAUAUUCAAGAAAAACUUCACCAGCUCCAGAUGGAGAAACUGCCAUCUCGCAAAGCCAUCACAGAGAUGAUCAGCUGGAUGGACACCGUGCAGCGUGCAGAUGAAGGCGCCGAACUUUGUCCAAGUUCCACGUCACAAGUUAGAAGUCUUCUUCAGAAGCACAAAGAGUGUAGAAUGGAAAUGGACUAUAAGCAGUGGAUAGUGGACUUCGUGAACCAGUCACUGCUUCAGUUAAGCACCUGUGACGUGGAAAGCAAGCGCUAUGAGAGGACGGCAUUUGCUGAGGACCUGGGGGAGAUGAACCGGCAGUGGCACCAAGUUCACGGAGCCCUCACCAGAAAGAUACAACAUCUGGAACAACUUUUGGAAGGGAUCACUGAGAGUGAGAACAAAAUACAGCUUUUGAACAGCUGGCUGGAGGCUCAGGAGGAGAGGCUGCACGCUUUGCAGAGACUGGAGGGCGUGGCCUCGCUGGAGAGGCUGCUGCUGGACUGUCAGGAUAUAGAAAAUCAACUUGAGAUGAAAUCCAAAGCACUGGAUGAGUUAAGACAAAGUUCCCUGACUUUGGAGAGUGGAACAACGCCGUUGUUAGAAGAUAUGGUGUCUAAAAUCGAUGAAUUGCUUCGAAGGAGGGACAGCGUUAUCAAUCAGAUCCAUCAGCUCAAAAACUCCAUGGAGUCGGUGCUGCAGGAGUGGAGGACCUGUGGGAAGCUCUAUGAGGAGGCAAAUGUCAUGACCAUCCGCUUCUGGUAUUGCCUGGAGCACAGCCAGCCUGCGGUUUUAUCACCGGAAGCCUUGAGAUGCCAGGUGCAGAACCUUCAGGCGCUUCAGGACGAAGCUGAGAGCAGUGAAGGGAGCUGGGAGAAACUCCAGGAGAUGGUUGGUAAACUCAAAGUUGUCUGCCCCUCCAUGGCUGAAAUCAUGGAAGAAAAAUACCAAGCUACACAUGCCAGGUGGACCCAGGUCAACCAGGAGGUGGCCGAGCAGUUACAGAAGGCGCAGAGCAUGCUCCAGCUCUGGAAGACGUACCGCAGUGCUCAUUCAGAAGCCACAGCAAAGCUGGAGCAGCAGGAAGUGAAGUUCCAGCAGCUGGCCAACAUCAACAUGUCUGCAAGCAACCAGGCAGAGACCCUGCCCUGGGCCCUGCAAAACAUAAAGGAGCUGCGGCACAAUGUGCAGAAGACGAGAGAAGAAUUUUUCAAAAUUUCUACUCCCUUGGACCGACUCCCGCAACCUGCAGAGUCCAGCACCCACGCGUUCCUCUCUGGCCAACCCCACAUCCUCCAGAGGGCAGCUUAUUUGGAAAAGAUGCUGCUUAGAAGAGCCAGUGACUUUGAGUUUGUUCUCUCACAGUUUAAGGAUUUUGAGGAUCAACUAGGAUCUUUGAAAGCUCUUAUUGAACAGGAGGAAGAGAAUUUGAAUAAACUUGACUCACAAAAAAAAGAGGACACCCCUGACUUACUGCUGAAGCACGUGCUGGCCCUGACAGCCCACUCUCCUGAUAUUGAACGUCUGAACGACCUGAGCCUGAAGCUCCCGCUCAGCGAGGUGGACGUGAAGACGCUGCAGAAAGUAAACCGUCACUGGAUCCGAGCCACAGCCACGGCGCUGGACCGCUACAGUGAACUGCAAGGCAUUGCAUUGAAUGAAAACUUUGUUUAUUGCUGUGAAAAGUGGGUCCAGCUUUUGGAGAAGGUAGAAGAGAAGCUUGGAGCAAGCGUGGGUGACAGCCUUCCCGCCCUGCUGGAGCAGCAGAAAGCGCUUGAGAUGUUAGAAGCCGAAGUGUCUGUACACCAGGCAGUUGCUGAUACUUACAUAACUCAGGCCUUGCAACUGCUGGACACAGAGGAAGUCAAGAGGAGACCUGAAUUUGUUUCAGAAUUCUCGGAGCUGGUGGACCGCUGGCAGCGAGCUGCCCAAGGUGUCCGGGAGAGGAAGCGUGAGGUGGAGGGGCUGCUGCGCCAGUGGCAGUACUUCACAGCCUCCGCAGAGGGCUUGCUCCGCUUCCUGGCCGACACAGGCCACCUGCUGUCUGCCCUGGAGGGGCAGGACUGCUACAGCCUCUGCCAAGCCAGGAGUCUGAUCCAGGAGCUGAAGAACAAAGAAAUCCACUUUCAGAGAUGGAAAACCACCUAUGCACUAACGCUGGAAGCUGGAGACAAGUUGAAGAACAUAAGUAACCUGGAAACGAAGGAGUCGGUGGACAGGAGCCUGAGCCGGCUGCAGACCAGCUGGGAGGAUGCGGCUCUCCGCCUAGGGGAGGCCGGGAAGCAGCUCCAGGGCAUGGUGCAGACCUGGGAGCAGUGUGCAAAGAAGAUGCAGGAGUUGAAAAGCAGGUUGCAAGUUUGCAAGGCACAAAGCAGCAGCCCCCUUCCCGAACUUCAUGAAGACCUCCAGAAAGAGAGAGAGCACGUUAAGGAUCUGGAGAAGACCCUGGCAAGCUGGACUCAGCCCUGGCGAGAGCUUGAGGCCAUGAAGGCGGACGUGAGCCGGCGCGCCCUGGCAGACGACGCGAUGGUGCUGAGCGAGCAGAUGGAGCACUUGCACAGACAAUGGGACGAUCUCUGCUUGCGAGUGGCCAUGCGCAAGCAGGAGAUUGAAGACAGACUCAAUUCGUGGAUCCUCUUCAAUGAGAAGAACAAGGAGUUAUGUGCCUGGCUGGUGCAGAUGGAGAACAAAGUGCUGCAGACAGCAGACAUCAGCAUCGAGGAGAUGAUCGACAAGUUACAGAAGGACUGCAUGGAAGAAAUAAACCUGUUUAGUGAAAAUAAGUUACGGUUAAAGCAAAUGGGGGACCAGCUAAUCAAGGCAAGCAACAAGACCCAAGCAGUGGAGAUCGAUGACAAACUCAACAAAAUCAAUGACCGUUGGCAACACCUUUUUGAUGUCAUUGGCUCAAGGGUGAAGAAGCUGAAGGAGACGUUGGCUUUUAUCCAGCAGUUAGACAGAAACAUGAGCAACCUUCGCACCUGGCUGGCUCGCAUCGAGUCUGAGCUGUCCAAGCCCGUUGUGUAUGACGUGUGCAACGAUCAAGAGAUCCAGAAGCGGCUCGCCGAGCAGCAGGAUCUGCAGCGCGAUAUUGAGCAGCACAGCGCAGGGGUGGAGUCCGUGUUUAACAUCUGCGAUGUCCUGUUACAUGACUCUGACGCCUGCGCCAAUGAGACCGAGUGCGACUCCAUCCAGCAGACCACCAGGAGCUUGGACAGGCGCUGGAGGAAUAUCUGCGCCAUGUCCAUGGAGCGGCGCAUGAAGAUUGAGGAGACAUGGCGUCUGUGGCAGAAGUUCUCAGAUGACUAUUCCCGCUUCGAGGACUGGCUGCAGUCAGCCGAGAGGACGGCGGCCUGCCCCAACUCCUCCGAGGUGCUGUACACCAACGCCAAGGAAGAACUGAAGAGGUUUGAGGCCUUCCAGCGGCAGAUCCACGAGAGGCUCACGCAGCUGGAGCUCAUCAACAAGCAGUACCGGCGCCUGGCGCGGGAGAACCGAACGGACACGGCCAGCAAGCUGAAGCAGAUGGUCCACGAGGGCAACCAGCGCUGGGACAACCUCCAGCGCCGGGUCACGGCCGUGCUGCGGCGGCUCCGGCAUUUCACCAACCAGAGGGAGGAAUUUGAGGGGACCAGGGAGAGCAUCCUGGUGUGGCUCACAGAGAUGGAUCUGCAGCUGACCAACGUGGAGCACUUCUCUGAGAGUGACGCAGAUGACAAGAUCCGCCAGCUCAACGGCUUCCAGCAGGAGAUUACAUUGAACACCAACAAGAUCGACCAGCUCAUCGUGUUUGGGGAGCAGCUAAUUCAGAAGAGUGAGCCGCUCGAUGCGGUGCUGAUUGAAGACGAACUGGAGGAGCUGCACCGGUACUGUCAAGAAGUGUUCGGCAGAGUGUCCCGGUUCCACCAGCGGCUGACCUCCCAUGCUCCCGGCUUAGAAGAUGAAAAAGAGGCCUCAGAGACUGAAACAGACCUCGAAGACCCCCGAGAGAUCCCCACGAACUCUUGGCACAAAAGAGGGGAGAACGAAGAGCCCUCACCUCCCCAGUCCCUCUGUCACCUGGUGCCCUUGGCUCCGGGGCACGAGCGGUCUGGCUGUGAGACCCCAGUCAGCGUGGACUCGAUCCCUCUAGAAUGGGACCACACAGGGGACGUAGGUGGCUCCUCAUCUCACGAAGAGGAGGAGGAGGGUCCUUUCUACAGCGCGCUGUCAGAUGUAGAAAUCCCUGAAAAUCCUGAGGCCUAUCUUAAAAUGACCACAAAAACUUUGCAAGCGUCUUCUGGUAAAUCCAUGUCUGAGGGCCACGCGUGGCAUGUUCCGGAGAGCCCACCCUGUCCUAAGCCUCGCUACGAACAGAUGGAAGGUGAUACCAGUGGACAGCCCAUCCCUACAGAUUCCAGCACCCCUUAUAAACCGACCUGUGUAAAGCCGCUGUUACGUCCAGGUGCUGACGGGGGUAAGGAAGUCGCAACUGUCUUGAAUGGCAGCCCCCAACAGGAGGACACGGGGAUGUCAGGUGCCUUUGACAGAUGGGAGCUUAUCCAAACCCAGGAGCUGCACAGCAAACUCAGAAGGAAGCAGAGCUUGCAGCAGCUGAACACAAACAUCCGUGACAUCACCACAUGGCUGGCAAACACCGAAGCGGAGGUGGCCUCACUGAAGACAGCCAAACCUCCCUCCGACCUCCAGGAAAUGGGGCUGCGAGUGCAGAAACUGCAGGAAAUAAUCAAGGCCUUUGACACCUACAAGGCAUUGCUGGGCUCGGCGCACACGAGCAGCAAGGACUGUCUGUCCGGUGAGAGCGCCGAGGUGGUGGAGCUCCGGAGCCGACUCCAGCAGCUGAGCGUGCGCUGGGAGGAGGCCCAGGGCGCCGUGGACAGCUGGCGUGCGGGCUUAAGGCAGUCGCUCAUGCAGUGCCAGGAUUUCCACCAGCUGAGUCACCGCUUGCUGCUGUGGCUGGCCAGCGCUGAGCACCGGAGGCAGAGGGCCCAUGUCGCCGACCCCGAGGCCGACCCCCAGGUUCUCCUGGAGUGUCAGAAAGAGCUCAAGCAACUGGAGGAGGAGCUGCUGGACCACCAGCCGCAGGUGAACUCCCUACGGGAGAUUGCCAGCAGCCUUCUUGCCAAGGGGUCCGGAGACGACUACAUCGAGGCUGAGGAGAAGGUGCACGUCAUUGAGAAGAAACUAAAGCAGUUACUGGAGCAGGUGGCCCAAGACCUGAUGUCCUUGCAGGGAAACCCGAACCCAGAUGCACCCCUGCCUGCCUCGGACGAGGCGAGCCAGCGGCCUUCAGCAGCAGCCGGGCCAGCUCCCCAGGUGAAGGUGGGAGUGGAGGGGACGGCGAGAAGUCGGAGGCAGGCAGAGAGCAGGACGCCAGGCCCCGCGCCGGACCCCACGCCAGACCCCAGCAGCUCCCGGCCCCAGCGCUCCUUCGUCUCCCGGGUGCUGAGGGCCGCACUGCCCCUCCAGCUGCUGCUGCUCCUGCUCCUGCUGCUCGCCUGCCUGCUGCCCUCCUCCGAGGAGGACUACAGCUGCACCCAGGCCAACAACUUCGCCCGCUCCUUCUACCCCAUGCUGCGGUACACCAACGGGCCACCACCUACCUAGGAGAGGAGGCCGGGGACCCUGCUGGGACACACACAACCAACCCGUCUGU